ACAGCUAGAUAGACUUUGGCUUUGGUGUCCUAUGAACUUUAAAUUGUAAACGUUAUAAGGAACGAAAUACGAAUCAUAAUAAUCUGCAGGCUAUUUGUUGUAAACAGAAGGAUGGCAUUGUCCUUGGCCAGAAUAUGCAUGAAACGGGUGUUACCUAAUGCAAGAAACACUUUUCAAACAAUAAGCAGUUCUUUACGACAAUCAUCAAAUUCUACCCAAAAUGCUACUAGUGCAUGUCGGCUUCCUGCAGAUUAUCUUUCCCCUGAAGAACAGAUGAUGAAGGAUUCAGUGGCAAGAUUAUGCACAGAGAAAAUACAACAGCACGUAGCAGAAAUGGAUGAAACAAGUCACAUAAAGCCAGAAGUUAUUCAGUGUCUAUUUGACAAUGGACUGAUGGGAAUAGAAAUACCUGCAGAAUAUGGUGGAACAAACUCUUCUUUUUUUGUGUCAACUUUAGUCAUUGAAGAAUUAGCAAAAGUAGACCCUUCUGUCAGUGUGUGUUGUGAUGUCCAGAACACAUUGAUCAACAUGUUAUUCAUCAAACUUGGUUCUGCCCAGCAAAAGGAAAAAUAUUUACCUCGUCUAGCUUCUGAUAUGUUAAGUAGCUUCUGUUUGUCAGAGGCAGAGUCAGGGUCAGAUGCCUUCUCUCUUAGGACAACAGCAGUACAAAAGGGAGAUGACUUUAUUAUCAAUGGUACAAAAUGCUGGAUCACCAAUGCAGAGCAUGCAGGGGUUUUCCUUGUGAUGGCCAAUGCUAAACCAGCUGAUGGCUACAAAGGUAUUACAUGCUUCAUUGUUGACAGAGGCACACCAGGUCUUACUGUUGGUAAAAAGGAAGAUAAAUUAGGUUUAAGAGCAUCAAGUACUUGCUCUGUUACAUUUGAAGAUGUUAAGGUUCCUUCUAGCAAUAUAAUUGGUGAAUUUGGAAAAGGAUAUAAAUAUGCCAUUGAAAUGCUGAAUGGUGGUCGCAUCGGUAUAGCAGCACAGAUGCUAGGUUUGGCCCAAGGUUGUUUUAAUCAAGCAGUUAAUUAUACCUAUGAAAGGAAACAAUUUGGAAAACGCAUCUUUGAUUUUCAAGCCAUGCAGCAUCAGAUAGCCCAGGUUGCAACUCAGAUCCAUUUGGGUCGAGUCAUGAUGUGUAAUGCUGCCAGACGUCACCAAAUGGGGUUGCCUGUCAUCAAAGAAGCAGCUAUGGCUAAAUACUUUGCAUCAGAGGUUGCAACACUAGCAACAUCUAAGAGCAUAGAAUGGAUGGGAGGAGUUGGUUUUACCAAAGCCUAUCCAGUAGAGAAAUUUUAUAGAGAUUGUAAGAUAGGGACAAUUUAUGAAGGUACAAGCAACAUUCAACUCAAUACAAUUGCCAAAUGUUUGGAACAAGAGAAAUGGUCAGGUCAUUAACAGCAUCCAUUGGAAACCAAACAAGAAAAACAUAGUAUAUAAAUACAAAAAGCACAUCUUUAAAAAAAAAUUAUUGAUAAGAUUUUUUUCAAUGCUAUUGAUAUAAAAUUACUUUUUCAAUUCCUAAAAACAACUGCUACUUUAAAAAAUUGUUUUUUCUAUAUUUUACAAACUAUUUUAUAGAGGCUAAUACUUAUUAACGAAGCAUUUUAUUCUAUGAAUAUAAUUUCUGUGUGUGAUAAAAUAUUUUUUAUAUACCGGCUCUACUUAAGUUAAAAUUUAUUUUAUUUUUUGUUUAGGGGCAGGGAUAAGAAUAAUAAUACUAAACAUAUCUAAGCAAAAUACACCAACCAGGUUAUUUAACUGGUUUUUGCUGAAGAUUCAAAGUCUUUUUUUUUUUUUUUUUGCAUAUCAAUGGAAAUUAGGCAUUUAAAAGAUAGCAUUUCACAGGUUAUCUUUUCAAGAUAUGAAUCCAUUUUAUUUUGACAAUUUUGACUGGAAUUUUGCUGUCUUUACCUACUUUAUUAUAUUUUUUUUUUGCUGGGGUAAAAUAUGAUUAAAGUAAUAUAAAUAAAUAUAUCAUUUGCUAAUUAGUUGCUAAUCAAUUUUAAACAGUUAUACUGGACAAAAAAAAAAUCAAAUUUAGUAAUAAUAAUUUAUUUCUAUUUUCUUUUUUACUAGAGUCAAGAAAUUAAUGUCAUGAUUUUUUCUUAAAAAUAAAUGGAGCUUCGUUAACAGCAAAAUAGAUAUGCACUGAAUCUAUUUGAUGAUAUUUUACAUUAAAUUUAAGAAUGAAGGUUUUUUUAACUGGCACAUAACUGAGAUUGUCAGGCUUACUCAAAAAUCUGUAUCGCUUAUCACAUUCUAGCCAAAAACUUAAACCUGUUUCAUCUGGUUGAUGGUGAAGAAAUCCAGUUAGUAACCUGAGUUGAAAAUACAAUUUUGAUGAUUUUGUAUCAAUUGUAAUGUGAAUGUCUCCCAGAAGUGGAUUGGUAUAAGUACCUAAAAACAUAUGUAAGCUUUUUGUAUUAAGCUUUAGUGUAUUCAUUUCUUGUAAAUUUUGUUCCUUGUUAAAAUUGUCUUUUAUAUGCAGCUGAGGGUUCUUUAUUUCAAUUUUUUUCUGAUCAAUACAUUUUGUCCAAGGGUGUGGAUAUUUGCAGACAUUAGUUGUAUUCAGCCAUGACUGACCAUCAUUGAAGAUGUCAGCAAUGAAAUAGGCCAACGGCUCUAUAAUGCUGAAUCCAUUGCUGCCACAGGGGCAAUUUGCCUCAUUUUCUUCAUCAUGUUCAUUGCAGCCUUUGAAACCAUUAAUACUGAUGAAAAAGCCAAGAUUAGUUUCUGGAAAUAGCCAGGCUAGACUGUAAUAAGAAUAUAAACCUCCUCCAUGCCAGUAAUUCAUUUUACCUAAGGAGUUAAGAAAAUAUGGACAUGUAAAUGAAACUUGUAAAUGUUAUAAAAAUACAUAUAAACUUACUGUAAAAAAUUUAAUAUUUGUUUAUUACUUUUUUUGACUAGAUAUGUAUAAAUAAAUGUAUUUCAUUAAAUAUGCAAUGUUGGAAAUAAAAUCCUUUUAUAUAUA